UCUCAUUUUAUUGUCAGUCAAUUUAUUUAAUUUAAAGAAAUUUCUAUUUACAGUGCUGAAGACAGAACCAUACCAUGUAUUUACCAUCAAAAUUUCCUCACAAGAGUCUGAUCAAUCAACAGAGGACACAGAGCCUGCUUUCUGUGAAAUACAGUUUUCUUAUGUGGAAAAGUAUCCUGAGGAACCCCUGGUGUUUGAAAUUACAGACAGUGAAAACCUUGAGGAUGACAUGUUAGAGGAAAUAACCAGUCUUAUCAAUGAACAGAUAGAGGAGAAUCUGGGAAUGGUAACAGUGUUUACAAUUGUAUCAGCAGUGCAGGAAAAGCUGACCACAUAUGUAGAGGAUUCCAAGAGGAGAAAAGAGGAGGAAGCCGAGAGGAAACAGAGGGAAAUAGAGGAGGCAGAACAGAAACGAUUUGAAGGAACAAAAGUCACAGUGGAAACAUUUUUAGCCUGGAAGGCAAAAUUUGAUGCAGAAAUGGCUGAACUGAAGAAAGAAAAAAUUCAAAAAGAGAAAACAAAAGGCUUAACAGGUAUUUAUCGUGGCAUAUUUUUGCACCCUACAUGCAAGAUAAAUUAU